ACUAGUAAUCAAUCAUAUACAUGUACACACGUACGUCAACAUCUCCAAUAAAUUAAAAUUCCCAAAAUGACACUCUCACUCAUAAUUUUUCUUCUUUCUGUGAUUUCAUUUCCUCGUUUUUCGGUGUCUUCCUCCACAAGCGAGUUCCUCUACAGCGGGUGCACGCAGCAAAGGUACACCCCUAACUCGGCCUACGAGUCCAACCUCGACUCGCUACUCACCUCUCUGGUCAACUCAGCCACGUACUCGUCCUACAACAACUUCACCAUAGUGGGCUCCACUCCUCAAGACGUCGUGUACGGCCUCUACCAGUGCCGCGGUGACCUCGCCAUGCCGGACUGCGCCACCUGCGUGGCGCGUGCCGUCACGCGCGCCGGCGACCUCUGCCGCGAAACCUGCGGCGGCGCGGUGCAGCUCGACGGCUGCUUCGUGAAGUACGACAACGCCACGUUCCUCGGCGUGGAGGACAAGACGGUGGUGCUGAAGCAGUGUGGGCCCUCCGUGGGGUACAACCCCGACGCCAUGGGGAGUAGGGAUGCCGUGCUCGCCGGACUAGCCGGCUCCGGCGGGAAUUUUCGUGUCGGCGGUUCCGGCGGUGUUCGCGGCGUGGCUCAAUGCUCCGGCGACUUGAGUUCCGGCGAGUGUGAGGAUUGCGUUUCGGAGGCGAUAUCGCGGCUGAAAAGUGAUUGUGGUACGGCGGAUUAUGGGGACAUGUUUUUGGGGAAGUGUUAUGCGAGGUAUUCGACCGGUGGGGCCCAUCAUGAGUCCAAGGCCCACGGUAAGGCCCAUCAUAUGCUGUUUCAUAAGGAAGGUCAAAAGACAUUUGCUAUAAUUAUUGGAUCAUUAGCAGGAGUAGCUAUACUUAUUAUUUUUCUUGCUUUCUUGAGCAAGAUUUGUGGGCGACAAGGUAAAUAA